ACUACAUUUCCUACAAUGCAACGCCCUUCCAUAUUCACUAUAGAUAGUACUUUGCUUUCAUUUAAACCCAUCCAGACGGUUUGUUCUUCUAAUAGCAGCCAUGGUUAUGAAGUCUUCUGUAGAAGAAGAUGAUGCUGGAUGGGGACUAGGAGUCCCGGACAAGAUAAAGAACAAUGUCAAUUGGGUUGAUAUCACAGAAGAUUUUAAAGGUUCCUGCAAAGAAUUGAAACUUGGUGAGCUCCUGCAUGACAAAUUAUUUGGUCUGUUUGAAGCUAUGUCUGCAAUUGAAAUGAUGGAUCCAAAGAUGGACGCUGGAAUGAUUGGUAAUCAAGUCAACAGGAAGGUGCUCAGCUUUGAACAAGCUAUCAAGGAUGGAGCCAUCAAGAUUAAGGACUUGAACUUACCUGAACUAAUUGGAAUAAUAGAUACCUGUUUUUGUUGCUUGAUAACCUGGCUAGAGGGGCAUUCUUUAGCUCAGACUGUUUUUACUUGCCUCUAUGUACACAACCCUGAUGAAAUAGAAGAUCCUGCCAUGAAGGCCUUUGCUCUAGGCAUACUUAAGAUAUGUGAUAUUGCCAGAGAAAAGGUCAAUAAAGCAGCAGUUUUUGAAGAGGAAGAUUUCCAGGCAAUGACGUAUGGUUUCAAGAUGGCAAACAAUGUAACAGACCUUCGAGUUACAGGCAUGCUGAAAGAUGUGGAAGAUGAUUUGCAAAGAAGAGUAAAGAGCACAAGAAUUCGCCAAGGAGAAGAAAGGGACCCCGAAGUUGAACUAGAACAUCAACAGUGCUCUGCACUUUUCAGCAGAAUUAGGUUUACACGCUUAUUGCUGACUGCAUUGAUAGCAUUUACAAAAAAAGAGACAAGUUCAGUAAGUGAAGCACAAAAGUUGAUGAUGCAAGCUUCUGAUCUCCUCUUAGCAAUUCACACAUCUAUCCAUCAUGGUAUUCAAGCACAGAAUGAUACUACUAAAGGAGAUCACCCUAUUAUGAUGGGAUUUGAACCCCUAGUGAACCAGAGGCUUCUCCCUCCAACAUUUCCUCGUUAUGCCAAAAUUAUUAAAAGAGAAGACAUGGUCAACUACUUUACUAAACUAAUAGAGCGCAUCAAAGUGGUCUGUGAAGUAGUCUGUAACACAAAUCUUCACUCAAUAUUGGAUUUUUUCUGUGAUUUUAGUGAACAAUCACCCUGUGUGCUAUCAAGGUCAUUGUUACAAACUACUUUCCUAAUGGAUAACAAAAAGGUUUUUGGAACACAUUUAAUGCAGGAUAUGAUUAAAGAUGCUUUAAGAAACUUUGUGAGUCCCCCUGUUUUGUCGACAAAAUGCUGUUUGUACAACAGUCAUCAAGCAAAGGAUUAUAUAGAUUCAUUUGUUACACACUCUGUACGGCCAUUCUGUAGUUUAAUCCAGAUACAUGGACAUAAUCGGGCACGGCAAAGAGAUAAAUUAGGCCAUAUUUUAGAAGAAUUUACCACUCUACAAGAUGAGGCAGAAAAAGUAGAUGCUGCUCUUCACAGUAUGCUUAUGAAGCAAGAGCCACAGAGACAACACCUGGCAUGUUUGGGAACCUGGGUUCUUUACCAUAAUCUGCGGAUCAUGAUCCAGUACCUUCUGAGUGGAUUUGAAUUAGAGCUCUAUAGCAUGCAUGAAUAUUAUUAUAUUUACUGGUACCUUUCUGAAUUUCUAUAUGCCUGGUUGAUGUCAACACUUAGCCGAGCUGACAGCUCCCAGAUGGCUGAGGAGAGGAUCAUGGAAGAACAGCAGAAAGGCCGCAGUAGUAAGAAGUCAAAGAAAAAGAAAAAGGCUCGUCCUUUAAGCAAAGAAAUCACCAUGAGCCAGGCCUACCAAAAUAUGUGUGCUGGAAUGUACAAGACUAUGAUAGCGUUUGAUAUGGAUGGAAAAGUAAGAAAACCAAAGUUUGAGCUGGACAGUGAACAAGUUCGAUAUGAGCACCGGUUUGCUCCUUUUAACAGUGUUGUAACACCCCCACCUGUACACUACUUACAGUUUAAGGAAAUGUCUGACCUUAAUAAGUACAGUCCACCUCCUCAGUCCUCAGACCUGUACAUGGCAGCCAGUAAGCACUUCCAGCAGGCAAAGAUGAUCUUGGAAAAUGUGCCGAAUCCUGAUCUAGAGGUAAAUCGAAUACUUAAAGUGGCAAAGCCUAAUAUUGUAGUGAUGAAGCUUCUUGCAGGAGGUCACAAAAAGGAGACUAAGAUUCUUCCAGAAUUUGAUUUUUCAACCCAUAAAUAUUUUCCAGUGGUCAAGAUAAUCUAAUGAGAUUAAGGACGUCUUCCUAAAUAUCGGCAGAAGACCAUAGCUGGAAUGUUCUCCUUUAAUGCUUCUUUCUUCCUCAUCCUUGAAAUAAAUCCUGUCUACUUUUAACAAAACAAAUGAGGGGGAACAGUAAAGUAUGUUACUGUUUUAGAACAGUGUGCUUAUUUAUUAUCGAUAACUUGAUAAGCAAGCAUACGUAGAAUAAUGUACUGGAAUUUCCUACGCGCACAAAUAUUUUGUAUGAGUCUUGACGUUAAAGCCAAUUGAAAAGAAAAUAGGCCGCUUGUGUUCAAUUUAUAUUUAUUGCAGAUUCCAAUGAGAAGCUUUUCACAUCAGGUUCUGAUUUGUUUGCCCCCUUUCGCCUAAAGUCCUAACAUUUACUUCAUGUGACUUUAGUUGCAUAAGGAAAAACUCAAAAUCAAAGAUUCAUUUUCAUUCAAAGGGGAUUUCUUUUAAAAGCCCAGUUGACAUGACAAUUGUUUCCAAUAGAAUUUUGUUUUAAAGUUUCGAUUUUUGAAUAACAUUUUUAUUUACCCUGUAGAGAAAUUUUUAACACUGUUCUAUAGUGAAUAGGUUUUAACUGAACUGAAUUAGAACUAACGCCCUAACCAUUUGAUCAUUUGAAAAUCCAGUACUUUGUUCUGUCUUGUUUAAUUGGCUCAUUCUAAGAAUGAAGCAUGGAAAUAUGGAUUAAUUGCACAGGGCAGUUUCAUCUUUGUGGGCAUUUAAAGAGUGGAUCUUGAACUCGUUUCUUCAGAAACAAGCAGCGUUUCAAGUAAAGAGUGGUGACAUUUAAACAGAUGCCAUUACCGUGUGUGCUGUAUUAUACAUUUUGUUAAAGGCCGAAGUGAAAUAAGAAACAGGUAAGCAAAUCAAAGUUGACAUUCAGAGUUUGCUUCCUUUUUUUUUUUUUUUUUUAAUGUUCGUUGCCUGUGAUGCUUGUAAUAAAAUCGGAAAAUCAAA